AUGAGAUUGAUUGGUAGAGUUUGCGGAAUUAAAAAUCCCAAAGCUUUUUAAAUUCAUAUUGAUGAAACAGAAGAUAUAAAUUCUCUUAAAAGGAUAUUUGAAGAAAAAACUGGAAUUCCCAUUUAAUAUUAAAUCCUAACAACAAUAGUAGAAGGAUAAUAUAUAAAGGUGAUUGAAGGUUGGACUUUAGAAUUUUACUAGUUUUACGAUAACUAACUAAUUAACGUCCAUGAUUUUAGAAAAGGAGAGUUCCAUUUUAAUCACCCUUCUUGCUAAAAGAAAGUUGUACAAGAUUAGCUAUUAUAAAUUAAUGCUCACUAUUAUAGAAAGUUAGGACUUAUUGGUUAAAGUGAAGAGAUUGAAAAGAUUUAGUCUCUAGAUAAUAGUUAGUUAAAUGCUUGUAGUGAUUCUAAUAUCCUUAGUACAACUCUUGACAAUUCUAUUAUAUCGACUAAAGCUACAACUCCUCAUAGCUAUUCAGAGUCUGAAGACGGUUACUCUUAACAGAAGUUUUAUUAAAUUUUAUAGUAGUUUAUUAAGGCUAUACAAGAUAGGAAAUGGAAAGAAGCUAAAUAAUACCUUGAUUUGCACACUACCUUGCUAAAAAAAUAUAAAAAAACUAAAUAAUAAGAUAUUAUUUCAGAGUUAGAUUCAAAUGGAUGGAAUAGCUUGCAUUAUGCUUCUUACUUAGAGUUUGAUGAUAUCUGCAGAAAGCUUAUUAUUGAAGGUGCUGAUUUGAAUAAACCAACUUCAGAUGAUUGGACGCCUUUACAGCUUGCUGUAUUUAAAAAUAAUUUGAAAGUAGUAAAAGUUUUAACAGACUCUGACGACUUAAUUAUAGAUUAAAUUACUUAAAGAGGUACCGCGCUUCAUCUCGCUAGCGCUAAAGGUUUUAUUAAGAUAGUUUAGUACCUAGUUUUAGAUAAAAAUGCUAAUCCAGAACUAAAACAUCCAACAGAAGGAAAAUCCCCUUUUGAUGUAGCCACUAAAAAAGUCAGAUUCUUCUUCAGAUAACAUAGACAAAUUAAAAAAUUUGAUAUAUAAACAGCUAUGGACUAUCUCGAAAAUAGAAAGAGCUUCUUUAACGAUAUGCCUAAAAAGCCUCCUAUGAUUAGAGGCUAUGUAUUCAGACAGCAUGAUAUUUUCCCAUGCAUUUGUUAGAAGCGUUUCUUAGAAAUUAACAGUGAUUCAUGUACUUUGUAAAUGUACAGAGAAGAAGAUGAUGUGCCGUUAAGACCACAAUUAGUAAUAAGCCUAACAGAUAUAUUAGAUGUAGAUUUACUACCUCGUCACUGGCCUAUGCAAAAAGAUCUCAUUUAUGUCAGAAUUAUUUUUUAAAACAGUAUGGUAAUAGCUUUCAAAACUAAGGAAGCUGCUGAACACUGGAUAGAUAAAUUAAAUGAAGCUAUUGCAUAUGCCAAUUAUGUUGAUAAAAAAUUAAGAAGCUUUCUACGUGAAAAAGAAAUAGCAGAUCAAUAAUCUACUGAUAAGCUUUUUACUAUGUUUUCAACGAUCUAAAUUAAUUAAUAAGUAAUUACAAUCAAGGAUGAGUAACACUUCUGUGCUAAAUGUGAUGAGAAAGAUUAAAAUAAUUCUUUGAAUAUGUAAUAAGCUAUGAGCAAUAUUGAAAACGGAAUGAAUUUCUAAGAAAUUUUGGCAAAACAUGUAAAAAAAUCAUUCCAUAUUGAAAUUAGUCACUCGCUAGCAUUCAAAGAUUUUACUAUCCUCGGAGCACUAGGAAAAGGUUCAUUUGGAAGAGUUUUUCUUGUCUAGUAAAAUAGUACUGAAGAACUUUUUGCAAUGAAAAUGUUGAAAAAAGUAAGUUUGAUUAUGAAGCGUCAGCUUAAAUAUGCAGUAACUGAAUGCAAUAUUUUAAAGCGCUGUAAAAAUCCUUUUGUGGUUGGACUUCAUUAUGCAUUUCAGACUCCAAAUCACUUAUAUAUGGUUCUUGAUUAUUGCAAUGGUGGAGUUUUACUUUAGCACAUCCAAAGAGAAAGCAGAUUCAGUGAGCUAACAGCCAGAUUCUUUGUUUGUGAGAUUAUCCUUGCAAUAGAAUAUCUACAUUCAUAAAAUAUUUUAUACAGAGAUUUAAAACCUGAAAACAUAUUGAUAAGUUCUGAUGGACAUAUCAAAUUGACUGACUUUGGUCUUUCAAAAGAGCAUGUAGCAGACUUUGAUGUAACUAAGAGUUUUUGUGGAUCUCCAGCCUAUUUAUCUCCAGAAAUGCUUCUUGGAAAGGGAUUCUCAAAGGCCUCAGAUAUUUACGGGAUAGGUUGUGUUUUAUAUGAAAUGCUAACAGGACAACCACCUUUCUUCCAUGAAGAUAUCAAAUAAUUAUACAGUGGAAUAAAAUCAGAAGACCCUUAGUUGCCUAAAUAUCUCUCUAACUCCGCUAAGACUCUAAUUAUAGUAAAUCGCUUUAAAUAUAAUAAAUUUCAUUUUAAAUUUUUUUUAUAGUAAUUAUUAAAAAAGAAUCCAAAAGAAAGACUGGGCUAUAAUUCCAUUUAAUAAAUAAAAUCUCACGAAUUCUUUGAAGGAAUAGACUGGCAUAGAGUUUAUGAAAAAUAAUAUUAACCCCCUUAAUUUUUAUUUGCUAAUUAACACAUAGUUAAUACUGAAAAUAAAGAGAAAUUGCAGUAAAGAUACAUGGAUUAAGACUACAAUAAACAAAAUUAAAAAAUAAACAGAGUUAAAAACUGGUCUUUUAUAGGUAAAGCUUGA